AUGGAUGUCGAUUUAAUAAAUAUCAUUAUGCGAUGGAAAAGUGCUGAAUCACAUCGUGUAUCCGAAGCACAUCUACCGCAAUUGAUUCCACUUAAAUAUAUUGAUCGUGUUUAUAUGCCAAAAAAUGUAUUUGCAGUAUUACCGACCAAAACACGAGAAUAUGCCCAGGAAUUAUUUAAAAAUUUAUUAAGAAUAACAAAACACACAGUAGAUUAG